GUCACUGGUCACGUUCGCAUUAUGCGAUUGAAUGCCACUCGAGAGUGAGUUCCAAAAACCACCAAAAUAUCACUCUGAAAGGAGAGACACACCCUGAAAAGAAUCGCUAACGAAACAUCGCGGACCAGUCGGCAAGGAAGGACAGCGAUCUGCCCUGAAAUCCGGCCCAGAAGCCGGCGUUGAGAGCCAGCAAAGUGACCGAUGUCGUCCGAGGCUGUUGCCGGGGCCGAGCUGCAAAGCUCGGGUGGUACGGAGGCCGUUUUGAACGGGGCGGUGGCGGCGUCUGGUGUGCCGUCGGCAAGGGCGGCUGGUGAUGAUGGAUCGUUGGAUCGCGAGUGUGAAAGUCUGACCAAAAAUGCUCCUGGGGGAGGUCAGAAUGCGACGCAAGACCGCUCAAAUGGUGUGAUAACACCCCCACUGCCUAAGGGAUGCGUGCCCCUCUCUCAUCAGGUGGCUGGUCACAUGUAUGGAAAAGGAACAAGUAAAGCAGGCCUUCUUCAAGAUGGCAUGGGAACUGUCCUCAAACCAGGCCAGAACGCAUGCAGGGGCAAGCGGGAACGCACGUUCUACCACAACGUCACCAGACCGGACCAGUCCAAUCCACUCUACACCAGUUUGAGGCCGUUCGUUCCCCGCUUCUACGGCACUUUUGUGUCGCCUGAAGACCCGUCAUUGGUGUACCUGAAGAUCAACGACGUCACGUUGCGGUUUCGCAAGCCCUGCGUGAUGGACGUCAAGAUCGGAUGCAAGAGCUACGAAGAUGGCGUCUCGCUGAGGAAGGUGGAACUGGCUAAGGAGAAGUACCCCAACUUGGAGAAGAUAGGCUUCCAGAUUCUGGGCAUGAGGGUUUACCAUCCAGCAACUGAUGAGUUUGAAUGUCGGGACAAAUUUUACGGUCGGAGUUUACAAGGAGACAACGUUAUUGAAGGCUUUGCCAGAUAUCUGAAUGUUGUCGAUGACGUCAGAAUUGAUGUCGUUCCCGAGUUCCUGAAGCAGAUGCGACGAAUCGAGCGCUGGUUCACCAACCAAAAACAGCUCAACUUCUACUCCAGCUCUCUGCUGUUCGUCUACGAGGGCGCUGUCACUCCUUCCCCAUCUCAACCCUUGACGGAGACGGUCGCAACGCCGGAGAACGACGGACUGAGCAACAGCCAGCCCGUGCCAAACUUUGUGAGUUAUUCACAGCUUAAAAGAGUGGGUCCAAAAUCCAAGCAGUCUGCUUCCGCGGUCGAAAGUCUUCCCCCUGAUUCUAACGUUUUCCCCGAGCAAGGGGAACACCCCCCUGAGGAAAAUGGAUUUGUCAAUAGGCUUCCGACUUACCAGGAGUCUAUAGCAGCCAAGUUGGGUCACAAGGGUGGAACAGGCCCAGUGGAGGGGGGACUCAGUAAUGGCGCGGAGGGGGCUAUUAGUAACGGAGGGCAGGCGGAGCCCCAACUACUCGACAUAAAUGGUAGGUUAACGGUGUCUCAGAUGAGGGAACGGCAGAGGAGUCUAUCAAACGGGCAAUCCGAUUCGCCGUCGCAGCCUGAACAACCGGAGGGGGAGCCAAUGACGGUAGCCGAUGUUCACACGGACCAAUUCCAGCCAAUCGAGGCAGCCGAUGUAUCCGCCGAUCAGAUUGACGAGGAGAAAGAGUCCGACAGUAAAUUGGCGCUCGUCAAAAUGAUCGAUUUCACUCACGUAGUUGAUGCCGACAGAACUGAUGAAAAUUACCUUUUCGGUCUUCGAAACGUGAUUCGCUAUUUUGAAAUGCUUCUAAACGUGUACGGUACGAAAUAGACCAAUCAGACGGACCGGUGUUUUGUUUUUUUCAAAGUACUUGAGAAACUUGAAUCACCUUGGAGCAUGGUUUUGAGCAUGCGGAGUUGAAAUUUGUAUCAAUAGAGGAGAUUUUUUUUCUCUGUAUCCAAAAUGUUUUGAAAAUUGUCUAAGUGCCUGUUAAUUUACACAACAUGAGCCGAACCGUUUUGGUGAUUCAUUUACGGUUUCCGUUUUUAUUUUUCUGAGCUUAAAAUAAUCAUGUAAUUUAAGUAAUUACAAGUAAACAAUAAAGUAAAUUUUAGAAGAAAAUGUACAGUAAAUAAAAUACAUUUUGUUUACUGUAAUUAGAAAUACGUUUUUUCAAAUAGAAUAAAUAGCAUAAUAUUUACAGUAAACAAAAUACAUUGUGUUCAGUCUAUUAAAUUAGAAAAAUGUUUUUUCUACUAAACUUUUGAAAACCUAAA